GUUCCGCGCGCUUUCCUUCCAAGUGGGGACCAUUCCGGGUCGCCCCCGGGAAGCAGGCGACUCGGACGAGCGGCGAGGAAAUCGCCGGAGCGCGCCGCGCAUCCCGACUGUCUAGCACAUCAAUAGACAGGGCGGACUCUUUUUGGCGCAAAAAGAAAACUCGAGAGGCGCUCCAUUUGCACAGGCGCGGCAGCCUGCACAGGAAAAGCAAAGGGUGGGAAGCGAAUGAGCCAGCCGUCGCUCGCGCGCCACGAAGAAAACAAGUUCGUCGGGCGCCCACAAGAGAAGUGUGGCAGCUGUGGAAGUCCCAGGGCCGCCGCCUGUAUUCGCGUGGGCAAGUCAUCGCCGCCGGUCGCGGGCGCGUAGCUGCAUUUAGGGCGAUAGUUUUUCUAAUUCAAAUCUAUCAGACAGGCAGCGUAUGCGUACAUCAUGAUAACGAUUAGGGCGAUGCGGGCUAGCAAAGCAAUGGGAUACCAGGCAGGCACAGGGCGCGCGUGGGCCUGCAGGCUUCCAAGGCGCCUGCCAGGUAUUGAGCUGGCAGCGGGAGGGGGGAGCGUCAUGGCUAGCGCCACUGGGUAGAUAAGUGGGUGCGUGUUCUCUCGAAUUGGCGAGCAAGAUUUUUCUCGGUAUUCUCCGUGCCGACUACCGGCAGUGUGGCGAACCAACAGCAACAAAACUUAGCGAAUAACUACCAUUGUGGACCGUCGACAAGUACCACGACGGGCGCGGGGGGUGUCGGAAACGAAGUUGCUCGCUCUCCGUAUUAAUUGCGGGCAGGCCCCUGCUGUUGCCGUACAUAUUUGUCUGUCGGAACUGGGAACGAAGAAGCGAGUUGUAGCUCGCUUCGCUUCUGGCGCCGCUUUAGCUCUGAUAUACUUGUGCUUGGUUGUACUUUGUCUUUAUACUUAUUGAAUAGAUUGAUUUGCUUAUAGUCGAGACUUCGAGCCUCCAAAGGAAGCUGACAUUGCCAAUGUAGGUGAUGCUUCUCGAAAAUAGAAGAGCCGACCGGCACAUUUGUCGCGUAAGCCUCAGGCCGCCCUCAUGGGCUACAUUGAAUGCCUAGUAAUGCUAUGCCUGCCACGUUGCACAGAACUCCACACAGCAAGUUUCGAACGCGUACUUAUGCAGACCGGGGCAUAUGAUUUGGAUUUUUUUGGUUGUUUUUUUUGUUUCAGGAAGGCGUGCGGCAUCAUCUCAGGUGCUAUUGUUCCUGUGUUUUACUUGAAAAGAAGAGGGGCGGACAUCGUGCUGGAAUAGGUACUGGUACCACAAUUAUCGGGCAUUUGAACUUUAAAAAGUGGAUGUAUUUUUGUACAGUUUUAGGCCUAGAUGCAGACCUCGGGCGGGACGCAAGGCAGUAAAUCACGGAUUGAUACGCAGAAGAAGUGGUGUGUCUGCCCUGCAAAAACGCAAGAUCUAAAUUUGAUGAUCGCGAAAGCGGAAGACUUUGUUUGCGGACGAGGUCGUGUAAAGAUCAAAAUGAAGGUGCAGUUUCCAUUCAUGCUCAUUAAUUGUUAACAGGAUAGAUGAUGAUGAUGAUGAAUGUCAGAUCUCCUGUCCUCCACCUCUUAGUUCACUACUUUCCAAAUGUGCUACAAGGCAGAAAACGCCGCACGUAUGCGCUGUGUGAUUUCUUCUGCG